UCCUUUUCCACAGCAAAAAAUAACUUGCAAGGCCGGAUAAGUAUAUGUCAACAGCGGCUUGUAGUAUCACAAGGAUGCUGCGUGGACAUCGGAACGGAAACACUGCCCAAAGCACUUCUCCGAAUCUUGUCGUCAUUGCUAACUGCAAGUAGUCCCUCCCCUCGAUUUUGCGAUGUAUAAGCCGGAAACACACCGUCGUAUUGCACUCCUCGUUUGCGACGUACCCGCGGAUGCGAUUCGGGAAAGGCAUGGGGACUACACAAGGAUUUUCGGAACCUUGCUGGAAGUAUCACUCAAGCCCAUAAACGAGACUCGUUCAGCUGACUCACAAGCGACGUUCAAGCUUGAGCCUUUCGACGUGCGCGCGCAGGUUUAUCCUAAAGAUGUUGAUGAAUACGACGCAAUACUAAUCACUGGCUCUGUAUCUACCGCCCACGAAUAUGAACAACCAGGUAGAGAAUGGAUAAAAAAGUUGAUUGAGUACGUGAGGGUUGUCGCGACAGAGAAACCGUGGAUAAAGAUAUUCGGCAUAUGCUUCGGACAUCAGAUCGUCGCGCUCGCUAUGGGCGGGACAUGUGUUCGGAAUAUGCGUUUCGAAGUGUCCGCAACAAAGCUGCAGCUAACUGAACUCGGAAAGAGAGUAUACGGCGUCGAAUCUGGCAUUUUGAACAUUCAUUUGAUGAAUCGUGACCACGUUCCCAACGAGCCGCCAUCAUUCCAUAUUCUUAGUUCGUCUAACCAGUCACCAAAUCAUGGGAUGGUCCUCUUUUCCGACUCAGAGUUCUCAGAGGAUGCACCGCCCUCGAAUUUUAGCCUGACCGACAUCCAUAUUCUCACCAGUCAAGGUCACCCUGAAUUCACGGAAUCUAUAAUGCAUCUACUACUCCGCAUACGGCGAGAACUCCUGGGACCUGAGCUUGUCCGUGACGGUGAGAGCCGUGCAGGCAACCAGAACGAUGGAGUCGCGGUGAUUGGGAAGGCCAUCUGGGGUGUUAUGGGAGUAGAAUGAUGAAUCUUUAUUUUGGUGCCAUCAGAUGCAAUAGAAGAAACAUAUCUCUCGAGAUAAGUUGAGAUCCAUCGAGCCCGCGGGAAGCCUUUGAUAGGUCAUAUCUCUGCUCGUCGCCCCCGACGGAGACAACAUGACACGCUACCUGCUCGAACUUGCGUGCUAAUGAUGCUUUUCAGAUAUAUCGGUGGUUCUUCGAUCGACAGCUAUAAUAUCUCUGCAUAGUCAUAACAUUGCACUUCCGAGCCUUGUGGUGUAAUCUUAUCUGGACCCGUCCGAGUGCCCACGCUGGACUUGGUUGUUAUCUCUUGCGGCACCAUUCAUCGAAUUUGAUCUUCGUGGUUGCGGCGUUCCGCUUGGGAGUGAGUUGAAUACUGACACAUUACACUGCGGCCGCUCGGCGCGUUC